GUUUUGCGAGGUGUGUCAAUUAUGUGUAAAUAAUAAUUGGAAACAUGCCGAAGGUAAAAAAGUGGCAGCGUUUGUCGUUCAAAGAAGAAUAUGAGCUUGCAGGCGAAGUGAAAGCCGGGGCCUCAAAAGAGUAUGUUUUACAGAAAUAUGGUAUCAAUAAGGCGACGUGCAACAAAGCGUUAGCUCGCGAAGCUGAUUCAAAGAGUAAGGUUAUAAAUUAUGAUUAUCAGAAUAAAAAAUUGGAUGCUGCUGUCUUCGAAUGGUACAAACAAGCGAGAGACAGUGGUGAUCCAUUAUCCGGGCCAAUCAUUCAAGAGAAAGCUCGAAGUUUAAAUGAGCAGCUCCACGGUCCGCAAUCUUUUAAAGCAAGCAAUGGAUGGCUCGAAGGUUUCAGGAGACGUUACGGUAUUUGGAGUACUCAAACAAAAGUCGAAAAAAUGUCCAACAAUCGUUCAAGCGCUGCCGAAUUUUCGAAAGUUUUGAAGACAAAAAUUGAAUCGGAAAAUUUGAUUUUAGACAACAUUUACAAUUCAGACGAAUCGGGAAUUUUGUGGCGACUACUGACAGCGUACACUCCUGCUCUACAUCAGGGUGAAGAUGCCUCGGGGAAAAAGGAAUCGAAAGGUCGUGUGACAGCAUUAUUUUGCGCCAAUGCCUCGGGAACUCAUCAAAUUCCACUCUUGAUAAUUGGAAAAUCAAAAAAUCCAAAUUGUCUGAGCAAUUUAAUCACCAAAACAUCAAAACGUCAACGCUUCAAAAAGUUGGAAAGUCUCGGCGUCACCUACACAUACCAGAAAAGUGCAUGGAUGGAAAAGUCUAUAUUCUUGCUAUGGUACAAGGACGAGUUUAUCCCGCGAGUUUUAGAGCGUCAAAGCAAAGAUGGAAUAACGGGAAAAAUUGUUUUGCUCCUCGAUGAUUCUCCAUCCCAUCCGAGUUUGGAUGAACUCAAUGCGAUCAACGAGAACAUUGAAGUCGUAUGUUUUCCUCCGAAUGUGACAGCGCUCGUUCAACCCAUGACUCAGGGAAUAAUCUCGACGACGAAAAAACUCUUCAAGAAAGAUAUGCUGAGACGUAUGCUCAGCGAGGAAUCAGAAGGUGCUGUUCAGUUUCUAAAAGAAUUGGACCUUCCUGAUUGCUUUCGAAUGCUCAAUCUCGCCUGGGACUCUCUAGAGAAAACUACUCUUCAAAAAGCAUGGAAACCGCUCUUAGGCGAUCUACCUCUUCCCCGGCCGCUUCCUCCACCCGAGCCUAAUAAUAUAAAACUAGAAGAAGAAGAAGAAGAAGAUGUAGAAGAGGAUCCUCUACCCGUCGAUGAUGCAGUUGUCAGCGAAUCGGAUUCCCGAGUUGAUGUGCCUAGUUCUCCUCAUGAAAUUCGCGAUCAAGUGUCUGAAAAUUUGCCCGGACAAGAUAAUCCGGUAGAAAAUUCGAAAGAAUUUCUCGUGAAAUGGUUGGAGAAUGAUGGGAAUGAUAAGAAGGAUUGCGGUUCGGAGUCAUCGAGAGACAGUGAUGUCGUAAACUUUGCUACAAAUGGCUUUAGUGAGCCGGAAAUUGUACCGGAAAUUGUACCUAAAAUUGAAAACAGCGAAACAAUGUUUGAAGAACCGGAUAUUGUCAAUUUUGUUACAUGCGGCAGACUUGAGUCUGAAAUUGUAAAUAAGAACGAGGAGGGCGAAACUAUUAUUGAAAAUUCGGAAUCUAUGGAAAUAACGUCGUCGUCCGAGGCCUUUGGUUGUCUGAUGAAGCUUAAAAGUUGGGCCCAAUCGCGACCAGAGUGCUUACCGAAACACCUUGAUUGCAUUACUGAAUUAAAGAACUUGAUCACCGAACGUUAGGUAAUUCAAGCUGGCACACAAAUUUCACCUCAUAUAAUUACACAGGCCGACAAAAUUUGACAAAGGUCCGGAACCAGAGACCAGACCUAGUAUACCCGAAGGUUUUUGCUGCGCUGAAUCCGAAUCC